AUGGACCUGUCCGAUUUCAAAUCGCUGAGGCGCUGGAGCGACCUCCCUCGAAAAUUUUCGCAUCUUUCCCGGAUGGCAUAUAUGGUAUUUCUGGCAAUUACUGGAUUAUUCUUGGUUACUUUGUCAUGGGUCAUGUUACAGCAGCCAACGGUAGCUUCGACGACUUCUUCAUCCUCCUCCAUUGAUUAUGCGAACGGAAAGGUACCUGCAGCUGUGCCUACGGUGAUUCAUACGCCCGUCCCAACACCUGAGCUUUCGUCCGUGACGAUUCAUCAUUCCGACGAGGGCACGAGCCAUGUCGAUCACUCCGCGACGCCACUGAUAAAGCCCGAUGGAAUGCGCAUCGUUGGAGUUAUAUUUUAUGGACGUCGCGAUCGCGCGUCGUUGCUCGAGUGCUACCUGCGAAAGAACUUGGUAUCUUAUGGCGGGUGGCUAGAUGAGGUGAUUUGGGCUGCCAACACCGAUGACGCCGACGAUUUGGCAUAUGGAGAACACAUCGCAGCGACACAAAAUGAGUAUACGUACUUACCUAUCUCGAGUACGGAUGACCAGGGCGAAGGAUAUAUGAACAUUUAUCGAAAUGCGUUCAAAGAACCCGAUACGAUAUAUGUCAAGAUGGAUGACGAUGUUGUGUUUAUCGACCAAAGUGCAAUUCCGCGAGUAGUCAUGACCCUAUUAAACAAUCCACGAGCUUUGCUCGUAUCAGCAAACGUCGUCAACAAUCCGGCUCUGGGCUGGGUGCAUUACCAUAUGGGUGCAGUGCAUCCAUACGUACCCGAAGUUCGACCGGAUGGCGACAAUCUCGCCUCAAAAGAAAAUGGCGCAUGGCGGUCUUCAGAACUGCCUACAUGGUCCGGGGCUGAAUGGGAGAUGCCCGAACUAGACCAUUUCUACUCCCUUUUCGGUGUCAAUGACAAGACCAAUGUGCCCCUACAUCGAUGGAUACCGACAAGAAACUUGAGUUUGUUACAUAAGACACCCGUCGCCAAAUCGGAGUAUAAUGCAUUUGGAAACAAUCUACAUUUCUGGCCUCUUGCUGCACAGGCACACUACUCUUUGUUACAGAAUAUCGAGGAGAAGAGACUGGGACGGUAUUUCAUGGUUCACGGAAGUGACGAAGAAGCAGUCAGCACCUGGGACAUGAACGGCAGUCGCAUCAGUAUCAAUUUCAUGGUUAUCAAAGGAAAAGAUAUCAUUGAUAAUAUAUCAAACCUGCAGCCAGAUGACGAAAACAAACUUACCGUGGAAUUACCCACACUUUUGAAUCGAGCUGUUUUGGUCGAAACCACCUCGGUCGUAUCGCAUUUCUCUUUUGGUCCACAGAAGAAUCUUGCCAAGACCGAUAUUCUUGCUCGAUAUCACAACUAUGCAAAUCAGAAUAUCUGUCCCAAUGCCAUCCUAGAACCAGAGGUGUUGCUUACCACAGACAAGAUGCCCGGCGCUGUCGCUUAG